AUGAAUGUCAAACUUGGUGACAAAGUCCAUGUGGUAAGAAGCAAGACGGAGUUGACGGCGGACUACUAUGAUGCUUGGAAAGCAGUCAAUGUUCAUCCCCUUGUUCCAGUGAAAGCCGCCAACGCAACUCCUGCCAUCCGACAGCUCAGAGAAUAUUUCGACCAGAACCAGGAUCCUGAAGAUGACGAAACUCGACAAAGGAUCCGCGACGCGCUUCAUUUAGAGGGUUUUGCAGCUUGGCUUGUGCGAACUGCUCUGAAGAGGAAUUUUGACAAAGCAAGGAAGGACGAGGAGAAGGCUAAAGAGACAUCGACGUAG